GCCUAGCGCCAGGAGGAGGCCAGGAGCAGGGGCCGGGCAGAGGGCGCAGGACCAGCCUGAGCUGCUGCUCCCGGAGAAACAGCCCUGCUCACUCCCCUGCCAGACAGAGGAGCCCAGACCCCACCCUGGACGGGACACACAGGGCUGAGGGAGGAGGCGGACACGUGGCCAGCAGCCCGGGCGCAUCCCGCGGCGUCUCCAUCGCUGGGCGGCCUCGUGUUUGUGGAGGAGGAAGAGGCACCUCUCAGCUCUCCAAGAAAGCAGCUUUUCAGACUGCAGGGAAGCAGACCCCACGCUGCCCAGAACGUCCCUCUCCCUCUGCCGAGGACAGGACGUGACAGCCGAGUGACAAUUUCUCGCAGCACCUCGGGACUCCCACUCGGACUCGGACACGGACGCCGGGCCUCAGGAUAGCCAUGAGGGAGCUGCUGGCCUUCUGCUGCUGCUGCUCCUGGCUGCUGGCAGCGUCCUGCGACUCUCAGGUGCCUGGAGCCCGCCCCCGGCCGCCGGCCCACCCAGGCUUCGAGGUCUUGGCUUCUGCUUCCCAUUACUGGCCGCUGGAAACGGUGGAUGGAAUCCAUGAAUUUCAGGACACAGCUGGAGCGCUGCGAGCCCACAGCCUCACCGUGCUCCCUCCUCAUAACCCCGCCCUCACGUAUGCCACUGACCCUGCCUACUCCAAUCUGUCUGCGGCCGUAGACAUGGUGGAGGGGAAGGUUGACAAAGGCAUCUAUGUCAAAGAGGGGAAGGAGGUCACGCUUCUGUACAGCCGGUCCCGCACGUCCUGCAUCAACAACCCCACGCAGUGCGGCCCCGAAGGGGUCUCCUUGUCUUUCUUCUGGAAGACACAGGGGGAGCAGUCCAGGCUGGUCCCCUCCGCUGGGCAGGUCAUCUCCAACGGGUUCCGAGUGUGCUCCAGCGGCGGCAAAGGCUCCGUGGAGCUGUACACGCGUGACGACGCCAUGACGUGGGAGGCCACCUUCAGUCCACCGGGCCCCUACUGGACUCACGUCCUAUUCACGUGGAAAUCCAACGAGGGUCUGAAAGUCUAUGUCAACGGGACACUGAGCACCUCCGACCCGCGCGGCAAAGUGUCCCACACCUAUGGGGACCCCAACGCCAACCUCGUGAUUGGGACCGAGCAGGACCAGGCCAGGCGCUACGAGAAUGGAGCUUUUGACGAGUUCGUCAUCUGGGAGCGGGCCUUGACCCCGGACGAGGUCGCCAUGUACUUCACAGCUGCCGUGGGCAAGCAUGCUCUCCUGCCUCCCACGCCCCCCGGCACCUUCCCAAUGUCCACGGCCAACGAGACGCCAGCAGAUGUUUACCGUCCCAUCAUAACCAGCCUGACAGCAGAGAGCAGGACCUUCCCGGGGCCCAGAGUCGCCCUGAAGUACCUUCAGAACGUGUCCCUGAGCUUACCUGCCCGACCCCUGUCCGAGGAGACGGCGCUGAGCCUCACCAAGGCCUUCCUGGAAGCCGUGGCACAGGUGCUGCUGCCAGCCCGUUGGCCCCACGGCUCAGAGGACAGCGUGGUGGUGCCGGGCCUGAUCGACGCCGUGGACACCGUCGUGGGCCACGUCUCUUCCAACCUGCACCCCAGCGAGCCCCAGGUAGCUGUCGCAGGCCAGUCAUCCCUGGCAGAGUUCUCGGUGGCCAGAGUCCUACCCAGGACCUUCAACUCCAGCCACUUCCGCUUCCCAGCUCAGGGGCACAACUACAUCGCUGUCCCCCACGAGGCCUUCCACAGCCAUGCCCGGACCAGCAUCGUGGGCCUGCUGUACCACAGUGUGCACCACUACCUGGACGACAUCCAGCCGGCCAGCACGCGGGUCGCCAAGGCCAUGGGUCACAGAGACUGCCCGCUGUCCACCGCCAGCCCGCUGAUCUCCCUGGAGGUCUCCCCGCCACCCACGCUGUCCCAGGACUUAGGGGGCUCCCCACUCGUCAGCGUGCACCUCAGCCACAGACUGACGCGCAAGCAGCACAGCGAAGCCGUCAACAGGAGCAGCCGGGUCGUUCUGCACUGCGCCUUCCUGAACUUCAGCUCCGGAGAAGGCGUCUGGUCCAGCCAGGGCUGCGAGCUCACAGAGGGAAACCUCAGCCACUCCGUCUGCCACUGCACCCACCUCACCAACUUCGCCAUCCUGAUGCAGGUGGUCCCGCUGGAGCUCUCGCAGGGACACCAGGUGGCGCUGUCGUCCAUCAGUUACUUGGGCUGCUCCCUCUCUGUGCUCUGCCUGGCGGCCACACUGCUCACCUUCGCCAUGCUGUCCUCGGUCAGCACCAUGAGGAACCAGCGCUAUCACAUCCACACCAACCUGUCCUGUGCGGUCCUGGCGGCCCAAGUCCUGCUGCUCACCAGCUCCCACUUCGAGCCGGGCACGGCCCCCUGCCGGGCGCUGGCUGUGCUGCUGCACUUCCUCUUCCUGAGCGCCUUCGCCUGGAUGCUGGCCGAGGGGCUGCACCUCUACAGCAUGGUGGUCAAGGUCUUCGGCUCCGAGGACAGCAGGCGCCUGUACUACUACUACGCCGUGGGCUGGGGCCUGCCCCUGCUGAUCUGCGUCGUGUCGGUCCCGUCUGCCAGGGAUAGCUAUGGAACCAGCAACAACUGCUGGCUGUCGCUGGACAGUGGUGCCAUCUGGGCCUUCGUGGCCCCGGCACUGGUGGUCAUCGUGGUCAACGUGGGCAUCCUCAUCGCUGUGACCAGGGUCCUCUCCCAGAUUAGCGCCGACAACUACAGGGUCCACGGGGACCCCAGCGCCCUCAGGCUGACGGCCAAGGCCGUGGUGGUGCUGCUGCCUAUCCUGGGGACAUCAUGGCUCUUUGGCGUGCUGGCCGUCAAUGGCCAUGCCCUGGUCUUCCAGUACGUGUUCGCGGCACUCAACUCCUUACAGGGACUUUUCAUCUUCCUCUUCCACUGCCUCCUGAACUCAGAGGUGAGAGCCGCCUUCAAGCACAAAGCCAAGGUCUGGUCCCUCACGAGCGGCCCCGCCCGCACCGGCACCACCAAGCCCAGCGGGUCCGACGUGGUGAGCGCGACGAACGGGACACGGCCAGGCACGGCCUCCACCAAGCUCACCCCCUGGGACAAGAGCAGCCUCUCAGCUCAGCGCGUGGACCUGUCUGCGGUGUGACGGGCAGGACAGCCCUCAGACCGCCCUCCCGACAUGCCGGGACCCCCUCCUCGCUGCUGUCUGCCCAUGGGGCCACGCCCCUGGCACAGCCCACCCACCCGGCAUACAGGACAGCAGGGCCCCGGAGCUGCCUGUGUAGACGCCUCUGUGCACGAGCCUCCCUUGCUGUGAGCAUGCUGCCCAGCGGGGCUGCAACACUGGGGCCAGGGCCAGCAUGGCAGGGGAGUGACCGCUGUGGUGCCGAGGUGGGGACUCGUGACCAGAGGCCAUCCCACAGUGUGUCCGCUCCCUGCGACCCUGGGGGCUAGGCGGCUCAGCAAGGGCACGUGGGAGGUGCAGGGAGGCGUGUGCGGGGCCACGGCAUCUGCUGAGCCCUCCCGGGCCUCCGGCCCUCCGGCCAGCACCGGCCCAGCACUCCUGUCUGGUGGGGGCUGGUGCGGCCGGCCUUGCGUCCUAGCCAUGUGGUCAGCUCUGGGGCCUCUGCCUAUGUGGGGCUUGGGACUGGGGUCACUGCUGUCCCCACGAGGGUGGACACCUCCGCCCACGUGAAGAGCCAGGAGGGCAGGGCCUAGCAGCCAGGCUUUGGGGCCACCCACUGGCGAGUUGCCAGGCCUCCUCAGCCUGUCUCUCAUGAACUUUGACUCGUUAGGCCCCGGGUCAGCCUCAGGAUAGCCCCGCUGGGAGUGCCGGCCCAUCCUCAGCGGCCCCCGCCAGCUGCCUCCUGUCCCCCUUCCCGGCCAGCCGUUUCCAGAGCACAGCCUGCUCGGAGCCCCUCCGUCACUCAGAGAUGAGCAGGCCACAGUGGGCUCCCCCACGCUGCUGUGAGGGUACCAGCAGCCCCACGGCGGGUUCCCGGGCCAGGCUGACCUGGCAGACAGCCGCAUGCCUUCCAUGCCGAGUU